AUGUACGGUGCCUACAAGGUACACUGUGGAGGUGGCGUGCCAAUUGAUGAGGAGAAGUUCCAGUACAUCUUCAAAGCCAAGUCUGAUUCUCUCUGCUGUAGACAAUUGCUUCGCGCUAUCUUGGAGCCAAGCGAGCUGGAUGGCAGGAGUGCGACAGGCCAGCCAUCGAGGCGGUUUAUGAAGACUGGUAUGGCGGCAAAGCCAUCCCUGACUCCACGGAAGCUGGAGGCGGCUGAAAUAGCCUUCCGCAAGUACAUCACCGACAGACUUGGGGAUCUGACAAAAACAACAGAAAUAACGGCACGUGGAACGCAGUUCCGGAAGCAUGUUGGGAACAUGCUAAAUGAUGUUAACAAAAAGAAACUAGAACUUCAGGUGGAGAAUGUGCUUAAUAACACUGACAAGGCCCGUGAUGUUUACUACAGCAUUUAUUGA